AAUAUGAUAUAUUUGAGAUUAAAAGAUACAUACAAUGGUAGUUGUAUUCAUUCUCAGCUUCAAUAGAGUUAUAUAAUUCACCAGCUAGGUCCUUCUCAAAUUCAUUAGCAUAAAGGGGAAGGUGGCUUAUUGUUAAGAUGUAUGUUUAUGAACUUAUUGUUAAGAUGCUAUGAGUUGCUCUACUUUAGAAACGAAUUGCAUAUAUUUAUUAACUUAUCUAAAUUCCAUGCACUCAUAUUUUACAUAAUGUGUGUUGUACUUAACAAAUUUUUAGUUAUUUUACAGUAUGCGUAAAAAACUUACGCUUUAAUUCUACGCUUAACGAUUUUUCCCUUCUAGGUAGAAUCGCGCUUUUGACUGCAUUGGUAUCACCUAGGUUGUUAAGAAAUUAUCCUCUAGUGAUACGACAUUGAUUCUACACGAGCAUAGAGGGAAUGACCAACCAUCUAUACCUCGAGUAGUGGCAAUGCUUGAUUGUUAGAUCAUCGAUGCUAUAGACCAUCGAUUAUGGCUCAAUAGACCUACACUUAAUCAUGUGAUAUUCUUACUUCUUUGUUCUUCAUUGAUUAGGUGAUGGCAUGAAGCAAAAACACGCAUUAGCUAGUCAAGUUCCUAUUGAAAUAACUAUCUUUACUUUUAUGCAUCUAUAUAACUUGAAAACCUCCUAAACAUCAUUUACUUUUAUUUUUUGAUUAAUUUUGAUGCUCAUUGUAUUUCUUAUUGAAAGAACCUCUAGAUCUUGUUAUUGUUCUCAUUGAAAGCAUGGAUGGUUUAGUAUGUAGUUAUGCAUUAGAAGACCUUAUGGAAUACCAACCUAGGGCAUCAUAUGAUUUAUCACUUGCAUGUUCAUGUCAUCAGUGGUGCAACCGCAGUCGCCUCAACCCUCUCUUGAAGGAAUUCGUAAAGAAAGUUGCGUGUUAUCGUAGAAACAUCUAGUGAGUUGUAUGAUUGUGAGUGAGGUUUGCUUGGUGACAAGAAAAUUUCAAUUGUGGGGUUAUUUAUUGACACGCGAAAAGUACUAUUUCUGACCCCCCCCCCCCCCCCCCCAUAUUACAAUCCAUUCUUCAUGGUUUUCAUAUUUUUAACAUCAUAAUAUCUUGAAUUUGCUUCGUUAUCACUCAAGUGUAUUUUAGUAGCACUAGGCUUGUUUUAUGAUAUUUGAUGCACUCUUGGUAGUGUUACGCGUGUUUUCAGGGCAUAGCAACCUAGUGGACCACUUUGGAUAGUCGAAGCGACAUCGUGAGUCGGCGACAUGGAGCCAGAAUGGGGAAAUGGAAGAGUACUAAAACGGAAACAUAAUCACAUAAAGGACACCUCGAGCGCCCUUUUUCGAAUUGAACAAAAUAUUACAAAUUAUUCAAGGAAUAUACUCUAUGUGGCCAACCUGGAAGAGACAGACGGGAAGCCAAAGACUCGUCGUUUGACUGUUCUCUCUCUACCAAAACCGUAAUAUAAAGUAUAUAAUUAGACUUUGGGGGGAGGAGUUCAGUAGUCAGUGAUAGGAGGCAUUAGAGGGUCGUUACUCCACCUACAGAGCAACCUACUUGAUUUAGAACGACAUCUAUCACUAGAGGGAAAUUGGCGCCAAGAUCGGCAACCUAGACCUCGAAACUCUCUAUUUUGGGUACCAAUUUUACAUACUUAAAGGGAUCAUCAUUUCAAUUGAUGAAUCACAUAGCUCUCGUCCCCAUGGUCGGCUAGUUCUCUUAGUUUCAUAGGUUUGCGAACACUAGAGGUUCUUGACUUUGUAUUCUUGAUUUUGCAUAAUAUGAUUGAUGUUAUUCUUAUAUCUUUUGUGUUUGAUUUCUUUAUGUAUUCUUUUGUUAGAUUGAAUAAUUGGUCUAAGUCGAGCUUGCAUCCCUUUGUGGUGAAAGUAUCUAAACCCUAGUCACAUAGAAUGAGACCGGACACGACAGUUCUAUAUGAUCAAUGAGAUUGACACCUCAAAGGAGACAUCCGUAGGGUCCUUGUUGCCUGCCAGAUCACGACAAGAAGUCUCGGCACAAGGUAAGAUACGUUGACAUAAAAGAUCUAGCAACACAUACGUUGCCAAGAUCGAGGUAAGAGCCAAGGAUCUCUAGUGAGAGUUUUGCAUGUGCAACACCUCUCUCUUCUGCUACCUAAACUCACUAAUAGCUAUAUAUUUCCUUUCCCGCAUCGCACUUUACUUUAGAUUUGUAAAACCGAGGGGACUUCAACUCCGGAGGAACCUCAACCUCCACGUCAUUUUAAAACCACCAUAGAACUCGUCGCUCACCACCUAAGUAAGUUGUUGUGAGAGAACCUAGGAAAAUAUUAUUUUGGCCUUAGAGUCAGGUAAAUUUGGACCUCUCCUACAAGCAUAUAAGUCGGUUUGUCAAGUGGUAUGAUUCGAUCGUUGGUACAACCGAUUUAUGCCAAUUCAUGCCGGUUUUGGCAAAACAUGUAAGAAAGUAGGGCUAUUAGUAAGUCGAUUAUCAGUUAAUCAAUAAGUAAUUUAUGUUUACCAUUAAUCACAUUGUUUAUAUUAGUCGGUUAAUCAUGGUCGUAUAGUCGAUUAACCGUGACCGUAUAAUCAGUUAACCAGAUAACCGUUAAGUAAGUGAUUCGACAAUGUUAGACCAAAAUAACCGAUCAGUAACCUAACCAAUAGAGGACCUCCUCCUUUUUUUCCAACUGCACAUUUUUGUUAUGUUUUUUCCCUGCAUCUAUUUGUUUUUAUUUCAUUUUUUAUCAUUAAAUAAAAUACAAUUUAACAUAGAUAUCACAACAUAAUCUACUCAAUCCAACAUAAGUAUACCAUGACACCAUUCUACCAUCAAAUUUGAUUAAAGAAGCAGACAAGAUAAAUAGACUCAACAACAAUUAUCCAACUCAUAAACCUCAUCAAAUUACAUGGAAGCUUAUAAGUUAAUUAUUGUUGUCAAGCUACUAUGCACAAGUCUAUCUUCCAUUGUGGUCUUUCAAAGGCCCUUCUUUGAACUUAUUAUCAUUCGAACAUAAUCCACUAACGGUAAGGAUGAUGGUGAUCGGUUAGUCAAUUAACCGUUUAACAACCGAUUAAUAAUUAGCUAAAUUUGUCUCUCAGGAAUCGACCAUUUAUUAUUUAAUAGGUUAUCUUGUAACCAUUACUACUGAUUACCGGCUCGCUCAUCUGUUACACCGUUAACAUGAUAAUCGUUUAACAGCCAUAUAGAAAAAAUGAAAAUCUCUCUAAAAUCUACAUCAUUAUUUAAAUAAAAUACAACAUUUUAUACUAAACAAAAAACCCUUAUAUUUAAAUACAACAUUUGAUAAGUAUUUAACAGUUAUUUUUUCCGAUAGAAUACCUUGGGUACCACUUAAGUUUAAGAAUUGGGGCAGAGAUACCACUUAAAUUUGAAUAGGGCGUCAGGUACUAUUAAAGUUGCCAAAAGGUGAAUCCGUCUAGUUUUUCAUCCAACCCAAAUCUUUAAUUACCUUUUGGUACGCAAAACUGUUUAAAACAUCCAAAACUAUAUUUUAACAAGUUUUAUCUAAUAUAAAAAUAGAAAACCUUCUAAACACAGUAUUACUCGAAUGACUAAUGAAAUUUUUUAAUAUAAUAGAUAAGUUAUUAAAAAUAAUAAACGAAUAUCAAGAAGGAAUAAUAUAUAUAAUAGAAGAUAAUAAUUAAUAUAUAAAAAUCAAUAUUAGAAGAUCUAUUUAAACCCCUAAUACAAUUAGAAGCACCACUAAAAAUAGUUAAAGUAGAACCUAAUCGAUCAUCAAUACAUCAAGACCAAAGAAGAUCUAUGUAAACUAUAAAAGCUACAACAUUAAGUAAUAAAUUUAGAAAAGAAAAUAUGACUAUAGGAAGAUAAUUCCAAUUAGUAAAUUUAACUAGUAUAAACAUCUACAUAGCAUAUGUUUGGCCCGGCUUUUAGAAGUGCUUUUUGACUUCAAAUGCCGAAGCAGAGCCAAACACCUCUAAAAGCUCGGUUUGAAAAGCCGGAAAACGCUUUUGUAUAACAUAAAAGCAGAAGCUCCGAUUUGGAGCUUCUGCAAAAAGCUGUUUUGAAAAUACAAGAUUAUCCUUACCAUAUUUUAAUUUUAUUUCAUAAAAUAUAAUUUUUCUUCAUUUAUAUCAUUUUAAAAAUAAAAUAUAUUAUAAAAUUAUAUUAUUUAAUAUAAAAUAAAUCUAACAAGAUCCAUUUUUACUACUUUUAUUGUUUAAAAUAUUUAUUCAUAUUUUAUAUUAUAAGUCUUUUAUAGUCAUUUUACACAAUCGCUCAUAUUAAAAAGCACUUCUACUAGUUUUACAUCCAAACACUAAAUUGCUUUUUUUGAAAAGUAAAAAUAUUAGAGAAUUACAAGUAGAUUUAAUAUAGAAAAGUAGAUAAGAUGAGCAUGUAAGAAAACUAAAUAUAACAUCUUCAAAUUAUUUAUAUCGAGACAAAAUUCAUAGUAUAUAUUUGCUUAAGAGAAUAAUUCAAUUUUUAGAACACAUAAUGAUGAUUGAAAAUAUAUAUAAUGAUAAUUGAUUCUAAAUUUUUUUAUUCAAAAAUUGAUUUGGUAUAAAAUAGAUUCUUCAAAAUAAAAAAUAAAAAAUGAUAUUUUUCAUAAGUCCAAAUUUUUUUCUUUCAAUAACAGUUAGGAGAAGGACCAAUUUUGAAAUUUAAAAAACGAAAUAUUUUAAAAAUACUCACUUGAUAGUAAACUUAAGUGGUACCGAGCACACAUAUGAUAGAGUUUAGUGACACGCAAUACCCUAUUCUUACUUAAGUGGUAAAACUCUUUCAAUUCUCAUAUUUAGUAGUAUUUUACCCUAUUUCCUCCUAUUUCCCCCCUCUUUUUCAGCCCUCCAUCCUCAUUUUAUUUCAUCUCCCUAACCCUAAUUCUUAUUCUUAUCUCAAUCUAUCUAUCUAUCCUAGGUUUUUGUUUAUUUUUGUAUUAUAUUUUGGGAAGGGGGUUUGUGUUCGUCGGUACUAAUAUAUUUUUUGGUGGGUAAUCAAUGAAUCACGAAAACUGAAAAGCCUCUUCCACUUUCUGUAUCUGUUGGUUUGCGUCUCCCUCUCUCUCUCUUCUCGUUUCAUUUUCUCUCUCAAUCAGUCACUCCCUCUCAACGAAAAUUAUUCUUCUAUUCAAUUAAUAAUUAUUUGUUUAAUUCAAUAAAAUAAAACCCCCAAGAUGGAGAAAAAGUUUCUGUAUUUGCCUGCUGCUGCCUAUUGAUUCCCAGUUCCAGUUUUAGUAUCAUUUUGUCAUAUCAAUCUCCUCCUCCACCCAAGACAAAAAAAACUACAGCCUUCUUCCCUUCCCUUAAUCCCUUCUCCUUUCCCCCAAAACCUUCUUCUUCUUCUUCCCAUCUCUAUUUUCAGUGGAGCAGAAAUGUGGGACUUGAACGACUCCCCCGUUCAGAGAAGAACCGCGGCGGUGCCGGAAGAUGUAUCGGAAGAAGGGUGCUCCAGUAAUUCCCAAACCGACAAGGGGAAAAGGGUCGGAUCCGUGUCGAAUUCCAGCUCCUCCGCCGCCCAGCCCAUGGAAGACGGAUCGGAAGAAGAACCCAUGGUGGGCGGAGGGAGAAUGAUGUCGUCGUCGAGGAGCAUGAGCAGCAGGAUAUUCGGGUUCUCCAUGGCGGCGGCGGAGGAAGAAGAAGAAGAAGAGGAAGAGGAUUUGGAGAUGAUUAUGAGCAGCAGCGAGGGCCUCCCUGGGCCAGUGACCCGGCAGUUUUUCCCGAUGGAGGGUACGGAAAUUGUGGGCCCAUCUUCUACCUUGGUCGGCGAAGGAGGAGGAGGAGGUAGCAUCGGCGCCGCCGCGAGAGGGUUUCCCCGGGCUCACUGGGUAGGAGUGAAGUUCUGCCCAUCGGAAUCGGAAUCGGCGGUGGUGGCGGGGGCGCAGCCGAUGAAGAAGAGCCGGCGGGGCCCGCGGUCGAGGAGCUCGCAGUACCGAGGAGUCACCUUCUACCGGCGAACCGGCCGCUGGGAAUCCCACAUUUGGGAUUGCGGGAAGCAAGUCUACCUGGGGGGAUUUGACACAGCACAUGCAGCUGCUCGUGCAUAUGAUAGAGCGGCGAUCAAGUUCAGAGGUGUGGAGGCUGAUAUUAACUUCACCAUUCAAGAUUAUCAAGACGACCUCAAACAGAUGAGCAAGUUGACGAAGGAGGAGUUUGUGCAUGUACUAAGGCGACAGAGCACCGGUUUCCCAAGGGGGAGUUCCAAAUAUAGAGGCGUCACUUUGCACAAGUGUGGCCGCUGGGAAGCUCGUAUGGGCCAAUUCCUCGGCAAAAAGUAUGUUUACUUGGGUUUGUUUGAUACUGAAAUUGAAGCUGCCAGGGCUUAUGAUAAAGCAGCAAUUAAGUGCAAUGGCAAGGAUGCGGUGACAAACUUUGAUCCAAGCAUUUAUGAUGAUGAUGAUGAACUCAACGCAACUUCCUCCACCACCACCAAUAAUAACAACAGCAACAGCAACUCCCCUUCAGCUGGCAGUAUGGGCGCUGCUACCGAUCACAAUCUCGAUCUGAGUCUGGGUAGUAAUUCCUGUCAAGAAUCCAACAAUCUCGAUCACCAGACGAGGCCUCGCCAUGGUCCUGCUUCUUCUGCCGGAAUGGAUGCCAUUGCUGCGUUCGAUCCCAGCUGCUGGCGGAAUCGCGGAUUAAGGCCUCAUCAGAACAAUGAGGAGCAGCAGAGAAGCAACGAGAUGGAAGCAAUGCAGCUGCUUAGUCAAACCCACAUCCGCUCUCCUGGAUCUCUUCAUCAUUACCCUAACCACCUCCUCCCGCCUCCCCAUCAUUUCCAGUUUGCAAACAGCAGUAACACAGGAGCAGGAGGCGGAGGCAGAAUUGGGAGUGAUCUCUCGUUAUCUCCAAGUGAUAAUAAUCAUCAUAAUUAUAACUACGAUCAGCAGCAGCAGCAAUGGCAAUUAUCAGGAGGAGGAGGAGGAGCUACAAGAGCGCCGCCUCCCCAACCACCAGCGCCGCCGCCACAUCAGCAGCAGAUGUAUGGAAGUGCCGCCGCCGCAGCAGCAUCAUCAGGAUUCCCCAAGCCGCCGUCUCCAUCCCCCAACUGGCUGCACAAAAAUGGGUUCCAUUACUCCCUCUUGAGACCCUCGUAGUUAAUUAACUCCGCCAUUUUUAUGCGAUUAACUUAGUUGUCAAUUUUAUUAGUAGAAGUACUACUGCCACUGCCUGAAGCUUGUAAUUAGUUAAUUUAAUUAAAUAGGGUGGGUAAACGAAGGCAGAAGGGUCGAGGGUGCAUUUUUAUGGUAAAAAGGUAAAUCCCAAUUCAGGGUUUCUGACUCAAAACUGUUGGCUGCUGUUACUAUUUGCUUUGGCGCCCUACAUAAUUCCCCAUUUAAUGCCCCUACAUAUAGUCUGUUUUUCUUUAGCCCACCUAAUCGAGUAACAAACAACCUUGCUUUGAGGUGAUCUUUCUGGCUUCCCUAAUUGAGUAAUCCCACAAGUUGCAAAUGCAAUGCAAGGCAAGAUCCCCAAAUCAGUCAAUAAGAGAGGGAUAGAGAGGAUUGGAGUUUAUAAAAAAAAAAAAAGGUAAUAUUUUGGGCAUUUCUCAAAACCUAGCUAAUAGGGGAAAGAACCCAUUAUUGUUUUUACCCUCUGAGCCACUUUGAGUUUAACUUUCUGUAGGAAGAGGGUGAAAAAAAGGAAGGAAGAAAGAGGGGAUGGGGUUGUCUUGGAAAUAUGAGCAGAUAGUGAGAUGAAUAGUCACAAUCUGGAGUGUCCUUUGAAUCAGUUCUCUUUGGAGGGCAAAAGCCAGUCAGACAUUAUGGCGAGAGGGACUUGUCAAUAUUAACCAAAAACAAAAAAAAAAAAAAAAAAGUAAAAAAUGAUAGAGAGAACCCCAAAGAAAAGAAUGGAAACAUAACAACUUCACAAGGCAUAGCAGCAGCUAGAGAAAACAAAAUUCAGAUUCGGAAGAGAACUCGUACAUUUACAGGCGCAACAGCUUUACUUUGUUUUUACUAUUGACAUGAUUGCUUGCUCUUUGGGCUCUUCUUUAGUAAAAAGAAGGAGUUGCCAUUUAUGUACAACUUCAGAGUUUGCCCCCACAAGGCUGCAGUAGAGGUGAUUUUAACCUCUGAUUUUUUACUCAUGGACACCAUAUAUAAUAAGUAUAGAUAACUCACUUUUUUGGUCAUCAAAGUCUUCAUUUACCGGCUCAAGAUGAUAUAGUGCAUAAUGAAGAUCAGGUGAUACACCUAUCAGUAAUUAAAUCUGGAUCUUUCAUUUAAAAAAUUCAGAUUUAAAGAUGGAGAAUUAAAUAUAUUUUUAUUUUUCCCUUAUUUCCUUAAUCGGCUCAUAUCUUCGUUUACGUCUGAUUUUUACUCAUGAACACCAUAUAUAAUAAGUAUAGAUGACUCACUUUUUUGGUCAUCAAAGGCUUCAUUUACCUAUGUAGGGGUAGUCCUUGAAAUGUAACAAUUUAAUAGUCCAAAUUUUCAGUCUAGUGAGACUUUUCCUCGAUUAGUCCUAGAUCUGUGCGAGUGGAAUAACUUGGCUGCUCUACAGUCGACGAUAGUGAAGAGAGAAUGACAGAAGUCGGGUCGACCUGAGCUGGAGAAAAGGAUUGGAGAAGUCGUGAGUGUGGUUGUUCCAUGGUCAAAUGUGUUGAGAAGCAGGGCAUAUGAUCGGGUCGAUUGGAGCUGGAGAAGAAUUGGAAAAAGUCGUGAAUUGUGGUUGCUUUGUUGAAAUCAACAACGAUAAAAGCGAGAUUGAGAGAGAAAGAAAAAGAACAAUCAGCAUAAUAUACCCUAUAAGUUUAA